GGGGUGGAGGAUGAGAGAGAGAAAGAGACAGAGAGAGGCAGUUUUGAGAAACGGGUAAUGCCUAUGAAUUCCCUUUUUGCAGAAAGAGGUGAAUUGAUGGCCACACUCUCCGUAUUACUCUUAUCUUCUUCUUCUAUUGGAGUUUAUUGAUUUUGUGUUUCGGAUAAUUAGGGGUGAACCAGGAAAGCCCUGAUCGCCGGUGAGCGGAGAGAGGUCGGUUUUUUAUUUUUUUUUUAUAUAUGUAUAUAAGAGGGGUGGAAUUAGUGGGAGGUGGGGAUUAGUAUUAGGCAAAGAAAGAGGAGUUAAAGAAAAGUAAGAAUGGAGUUUGAGGAACAAGAGGAGCAAGAGGAGGAGAUUGAGAUUGGAGGUAACUAUGAGUCGCCGCUUGGCAACUCGUCUCGGCCCAAAAUGGCGGGCAGCCCAGCCGACCAGCGGAAGCCCAAGUACAGGGAGUGUCUGAAGAAUCACGCCGUCGGGAUCGGUGGCCACGCCGUCGACGGCUGCCGCGAGUUCAUGCCGGCGGGGCCCGAGGGGAGCCUUGAUGCUCUCAAGUGCGCGGCUUGCAACUGCCACCGCAACUUCCACCGCAAGGACUCUGAUUCCGCGGCCGGUGUCGGCGGCGGUGGCGGGGAGGCCUUCAGUUUCCCUCCUCACUAUCACCACCCGCACCCGCACCAGCAGUUCUCGCCUUAUUACAGGACGCCGGCGGGUUACCUGCACGUGGCGCCAUAUCAGAGGCCGUUGGCGCUGCCGUCGACGUCGGGCGGGGGGGGAGGCGGGUCUCACAGCCGGGAGGAGCAGGAGGAUAUUUCGAACCCGACGAACAACAGCGGCGGUGGAGGGGGGUCGUCGAAGAAGAGGUUUCGUACGAAGUUCACGCAGGAGCAGAAGGAUAGGAUGCUGGGCUUGGCAGAGCGGUUGGGGUGGAGGAUCCAGAAGCAGGACGAGGCGGUGGUUCAACAGUUCUGCGACGAGACUGGGGUCAGGCGACACGUGCUCAAGGUUUGGAUGCACAACAACAAGCACACUCUCGGUAAGAAACCCUAGAAAAGCCCCACCGCCCAACAACAAACAUUUAUUUCCAUCUCUCUCUCUCUCUCUCCCUCUCUCUCCCCCUUCGUAUAUGUAUUCUACUAUUUGGGACAGCGAGAGUAAGUGUUAGAAUCAAAAUUGCGAUUAUGGCUGAGAAUGCAUUAGGCUGCUAUUAGGUUAGGUUUAUCUCUAUUUCUUGUCUCUAGUUUUUUUCUCCUCUUUGGUUUGAGAAUUUCUCCGAGCUGGUUAGUUUGUACUGGAACAAUGAGUAUGUAUAUUUUGCAUAUGGUUAGGUGGGGCUGCUUGAUGAUAAGCAAUUUUCAAUUUAGUUUCGUCGA